GCCGCUAUAUUUGAUAUGUCCAAGCGCAACAUAACGUACGUCAAGCCGCAAGAACCGAGUUUUCUGGCCAAGUUAAAGGCCGAAAUUGGCUACAAGGAGGGACCCACCGUAGAGACCAAGCGCCAGCGAUUGGAUCCGCAGGAUCAGGAGGACUACGAUUCUGAGGAGGAUUCACGGGAGGACGAACAGCCGCAGGUGGUCGUCCUUAGGCCGGGAGAUCUAUCCGCCGAAGAGGCCAAAACGGAGAAACUGUUGGCCUCCAAAGAAUUAGCCGAAAAGCGUGCGGAUCUGACACAGCCAAUAGUCUUUAAGCAGCGUGUCAAGCAGCCCAACAUCGAGGAACAUAAGUCACAAUCCGGAGUCAACAGGAAGUCCGAUAAAUCCGGCACGUCCAAGACCAAAAAAUCCAAGGCCGCCAGUAGUAAGCUGUCCUUCAACGAGGACGAGGAGGACGAGCCGUCCGAGGAUUGAAGAUCACUUCUUUGCUAUCUGGCUACAACUUGCACCAACAAAGUUAACCUGCAGCGAAUGAUUAAGAAACACAAACAGCUGGAAGAAACAC